AUGGAGAAUAAUGCUCUUUACAACGGGUACAAGAUUUGUAGAAAUGCUCCUUCAGUGUCCCAUUUAAUGUUCGCUGAUGAUCUCAUUCUAUUUGGGAACCUUGAUGAACUGACCAUCAACACGCUACAGAGUAUUCUUGAUAUAUAUGCUGCCUGGUCAGGUCAAUGUGCAAACAUGCAGAAGUCGUCAAUUCACUUCAGCAAAGAAUUCAGACCCAACAGAAGAACUGAAAUUGUUAACAGGCUAGGGGUGAAACAGAUGCAGAUUAACGACAAAUAUCUUGGCCAUCAGCUUCUAAAGUCAUCCUACAAAAUUGAUUCCCAUGAUUUUCUUAAUGAUAAAUUCGACACUAAGCUGGAAGGUUGGAAGCGAAUUCACUUAACCUAUGCAGGCAGAACCAUCAUGAUCAAACAUGUCCUUGGGCUCAUACCUCUGUACUAUAUGGCGACAUCCCUGAUACCUAAGAAGCUUAUGAGGGCUAAAUAUCUCCAAAAAGACAACUUCUGGGAAAUGACGAAACCCCAAAAAUGUUCCUCUACAUGGUCUGCUAUGUUAGGUUGCAGAAGUGAGAUGAAGGAAGGGUGUUGUUGGGCAGUUGGUAAUGGAGAGAAGAUACAUAUCAAGAAUGACCCUUGGGUUCCGAAACUUCAUAAUAGGAGGCCUAUCCCCAAUUUUCUUUCAACAGAGCAGCCUGUUUUAGUUAGUGAACUUAUCCUACAGAACCCUCCAAGGUGGGAUAUAAACAAACUCCAGCUAUGCUUCCAGUCGCAUAAAGUCGAGGCUAUAGUGGAUAUCCACUUACCUAACAUCAGUGAAGAAGGGACUGAGGAUAAAUUACUUUGGCUUCACCAUCCUAAUGGGGUCUUUACAACAAAAUCCUUCAUCAAAACUUUAAAUGACAAAGCUCCUUCUUCUUCUCAUUAUGGUAAUUCUGAAAAUAUUCCUUGGAAGAAAUUCUGGCAGGUAAAAGUUUUGGCACCCAAUCUUCAAAUAUUUGCUUGGAGAAUUCUUAAUAAUGGUAUUGCAGUUGGUAGCAGGAUGAUGACAUACUGCAAAGAUAUUAAUACAGAGUGCAGAAUGUGUAAUGGUGUUGUUGAAACUUUGGAACACUUGUUCCUAUACUGCCCUGUAUCUCAAGCUGUUCUUUUUGCUUCUCACCUGACUCUCAGAAUUGAUGGAAGCCUAAAUCUCUCAGUUCACCACUAUAUCAAGAGUUGGUUAUUAGAAGGUGGUGACUACUCAAAGUUAAAAAUGGGGAUUUGUCUGUUCUGGAGCAUAUGGAAGACCAUGAAUAACAUAGUUUUCAACAAAGGCACUGUGCAUAUUCAGAAAAUGCUUCAAGAGGCUUAUUACUGGUUCCACCGUGAUACCAACAUUCAAGACGAUACCACUCUGCCUUCUGAACAAGACUUACUAGACUCUGCCAAGACUGUUUGGUCCCCUCCCACUCAGUCAAAAAUGAAAAUAAAUUUUGAUGGUGCUGCUGGAAUUAGAGGUUUCGCCUGCGCGGCAGUGGCAAGGAACUACAAUUGUGAGUUUAAUGGGUGUCAGACACAAGUUUUCGCAUUCAGCACCCCUGUAGAAGCUGAAGCUCAUGGUGCUUUGGUGGGAAUUGAGCUUGCCAUCAACAAGGCUAUGAGGCACAUUAUCAUUGAAGGUGAUUCACUCACUGUGAUCAAUUCUCUCAAGUACAAUAAUUUCCCAGUCCAUUGGCGUAUUAAGAACACUAUUGGAAAAAUCAAAGACAAGCUAGGGAAUUUUACGUCUGUUGAUUUUAACUUUAUCAAAAAGGAAGUCAAUUUCAUGGCUCAUUCCUUAGCAGCUUAUGUUGUUCAGAACUAA